AUGAUAUUUGCCAAGUCUCAGAAGCAGUCUCAGGGUAGUUAUAGGCCCCAGUACUUCGGAUGGCCACCUAGGCCUCCACCGCCUCAGUUACAGGAUUGUUCUGACGCUUGUUAUACAUGUGGGCGUCCAGGGCAUAUGAUGCGAGAUUGCCCAAAUAGAGAUUCUGGGGGUAUGGCACAACCAACGAGUUCAGCAACAGAAUCAUUUAUGUCCGUGCAUCCUUCAAGGCGCGAGUCUCAGUCUUCAGUUGGUAGAGGUCGAGGCAAAGGUAGAGGUUCUAGUUCGAGUGGUAAUCAGAAUCGUAUCUAUGCUUUAGCGGGUCGACAGGACCAAGAGUCUUCACCAGAUGUUGUGACAGAUCCAGGAUCUACUUUAUCGUAUAUUACCCCAUUUGCCGCGGGGAAGUUUGGUAUAGUUCCUGAAAUACUAAGUGAUCCAUUUACGGUAUCUACACCGGUCGGAGAAUCGAUUAUUGAUAGACGGGUUUACCGAGGCGAGGAAAAUGAUUGCAAACGGGUGCAUUAUCAUAUUGUGCGAGUUAGAGAUGCAGAUGUUGAGAUACCUACACUUCAAUCUAUUCCAGUAGUUAGAGAGUACGCAAAUGUGUUUCCAGAUGAUCUUCCAGGUAUUCCUCCAGAGCGAGAGAUUGAGUUUAGCAUCGAUUUGCUUCCGGGAACUCAACCAAUAUCCAUCCCUCCGUAUAGAAUAGCACCUGCCAAAUUGAAAGAGUUGAAGAGUAGUUAA